AACGUGCUUGACCUCCGGGCUCCGGGUCGCCCACAGACGAAGCACGAAUAAUAGGCCAAUAUUUCAUGCGAUAGCCCGAGGCCCACGUCUCCUCGCCCCACACGAAACGCAAAGAAGAGAGCAGAGCAGAGCAGAGCAGAGAGCAGCCAAGUCCGAAGCCCAGGGCCAGAGCCAGGGGGCAGAAGGGGGGCAGAAGGGGGGCAGGGGGCAGGGCAGGGCCGCAGGGGCAGCGAAGACGCGAGAAGGCCCGCGAAAGGCCCACGGCGGACGAAUCGGCUGCAGAAGAUCCCCACAUUUCGCCACGAUUCUAAAGCCGCGAGGCGACGGGCCAAGCGCAGUAGAUAACCGUCACGGCUCACAAGCAGACACAGCGAGCGCCGGAGCACCACAGACACGCGCCUCUGGCCAUCGCAACACACAAUCACAAUCUUGUCGCACGAGCUGCUCGCUGCUCGCUGCUCGCCCCGCCUGCUGACAGCAGCAGCAUUGGCACCGGCUGGCUCUCGAGCGCCAUGAGUAGGCAUGAACUCGUCCCCGCCUGCUGAUUCCUGCCGACAGCGAGCGCGAGCGCGAGCAGCAUGCAGUCGUGUCGGAGCGCAGCGCCGGGAUCGGACUCGUUGCGCCCUCCGCCGCCUCCUGCUCCUCGCGCGCUGGCGCCCAAUGCGCCCAACGCCCUGCGACGCUCGAACGGGAAUGGUGUGCACGCGCGGAGAGGAGGCAGAAUGACGAGCGUGGCGUGCACGAGGCUCGAUGGCGGCAGCAGCAGCAGCAGCAGCGUAGUAGCGGUGCAGCAGCAGGUGGUGGAGGGGAGCGACGGGAAGCGAGGGACUCUGCGGGAGCUGGCGGAGGAGCUGCGCAGAGCGGGCGAGCAGGAGGUGCCGCGGAGCUACGAGGUGGGCGAGGAAGAGCGCCCGACGGUGCGGCACGACGAGUUCGCGGAUCUGCCGGUGAUCGAUCUGGCGCUGGUGCACAGCGACAGGCGCGAAUUGUCGCGGCAGCUGGGCGAGGCGGCGCGCGAAUGGGGCUUCUUCCAGAUCGUGAACCACGGCCUCUCGCUCGCCGCCCUGCACGACAUCGAAACGCAGGGCUUCAAAUUCUUCGAGCUGCCCUCCGAGAGCAAGCUCAAGCUCGAGCAGCACGGCUACUUCAAAGACAACACCGCCGUCAAAAUGUCGAGCCUGCACUGGGCCGAGAGCUGGAUGCUCAGCUACUCCCCCCAGAGCAACAUCGACGAGAAAAUCAACCUCCUCUUCCCCGACGGCAAUCCCGCCCUCAGGAAUGCGAUCAAUCGCUUCUGCGAAGCGUCGGAGAGAAUCAACGAGAUGAUUCUGGAGCUGCUGGCCGAGCACUUGGGGCUGGCCACGGACUUCUUCUCGCAGCACCUGAACGCCAAGCGCUCGCUGGGCCUGCGCAUGAACUACUACCCGGCCUGCCCGCAGCCCUCGCACGUCCUCGGCGCCAACGUGCACACCGACGGCUCGUCGCUCACCGUCCUGCAGCAGGACAAGGUCGGCGGCCUGCAGAUCCACCGCGACGGCCGCUGGUUCGGCGUCAAGCCCAUCCACGGCGCCCUCGUCGUCAACGUCGGCGACGCCCUGCACGCGUGGACGAACGGGCACUUCAAGAGCGUGCUGCACCGCGUGGUGCUGAACAAGGAGGUGCACCGGCUGUCGCUGGCGGCGUUUCUCAACGUGGACAACAGCCUGGCGCUCUCGGCGCCGGACGAGCUGGUGGACGAGGCGCAUCCGCGCCUCUACAGGCCCUUCACCUUCGGCGACUACAUCCAGCAGGUGCUGCGCGCGCGCGCCGAAGAGAAGAGCUCGUCCAAGAGCAUGAUGGACGGCAACCGCAUUCUGGCCGGCCUCAGAUUCGACCCCGGGCCCUGACGCCCUCGCCCUCUCUUCUGUAAUAUACCUAGCAUCGCCAAUGGACUCUGCAUCGCCGAUGGAUCGAUUCGUAUUUUCGUAGCACUAGUGGGUGUUGAAGCUGUGCUGUACAUAUCACUGUAAUUUAUUGGCUCGAUCCCACCUAUUCAGAGAUAUAGACGCAAGCGAGCCACCUCUCGGUUGGUUGUACGAUACUUUACUUUUCCCACCGGAAAUCUAUUCCCACAUUUUGG